GACCCCUGGUCUAGAUUAUUCUAGCCUCAAAGCUAGAAUUAGAUUCGUGUACCUGCUCGAAAACGCGGUGUUGUUUACAUUUACCCCAAGGUGCAUUAAAGAGAUCACGUGGUGGAAUGUAGAAUCAAAGUGUAUGUAGUCCAGGUGGUCUCAUAGCAUGUUUUUUUUAAACCAAAUUUGAAUAUCCCUUUUUAACAGAAUGGGUGAAAACUUUUGUUCAAACAAGCUUUCUUGAGGCUUGACGAAUACUCAAAACACUCUUAAAAUCUUCAUUCAGAAGCAGAAGCGAUAAAAAUCAGCCUUCUAAAUUUAUACACCUUGGGAUAAGCCCACCUGCUGAAAUUUCAGCUUACGAACUUACAACGGAAAGGGCCCCAGUAUUAGAAAUAUCCAAUGCAGUGGUUUAACCUUUUUCGGACUCUAGUUCCCGUUGAAUGAUUAUGCAAUUCAUCAGAAUUUUCUCUCUCUGCUAAACAAGUAAUAGAAACCAGAAUUCUACGUAACUGGACAGUAUUGUUUCUUCGAAAGUGAUAUCUCAUGUUGUUGGCUCAAAGUCGCUAUGAAAAUAAAGAAAAAAAAAUAAUCUCACGUUGUGAUUUCCGAUUUCCUCUGUUAUUGUUUAAUUUAAUCCCUGUUUCAUUUAUUUAUCCUUUUUCCUUUCUAUCAUAUAACCUAUGAGUGUAAGAUGGCUUUAGGAGCAAGAGCAAGGAUUUUGAUUAAGAUGGACACAUAUUGUAGCAAAGUUUGACUAGUUCUAGUUCAGGUACUAUUUCACUGUUUGGUCGGAUGCAUCGAUCUCCCGGCCAAGCCAACGUAGCCACCUGUUCCUCGGUCUUCAAUUUUAACUUCCUUCGGAACCUCAAGUCACUCAGGGUCGUCGUCCAUUAAGAACUGGGCUUUCUUUCGAUGUUCAGAUUGCUGUCCAAUAGUGCCAAGUUGUUUUAGAUGCCGGAACAAGCUUAUACGACGUCCACAAACCUCCACACGGAGUCCGCUUUAAGCGUAAAAAUGUUCAAUCUUUGUCCUUUUUUAAUGCAAACCUUAUUAUACAAUCCUUCUGAUAUUGAUAGCAACCGAUUGAUUAACACAUCACAUGAUCUUGGAACAACUUCUUCAGUGAUAAAAUUUUUAAAUAAAAAAACUAACUAAAAUAGCUGAUCUAUUCAUUUUAGCUCUAACCUGGGUGCUUUUGUGAUAUUGAAUCUUUUAUAAUAUCAAAUCUCAUAAUCCGGCAAAUCUCAAAGUUUUAGCAUUUUAUACGAAUUUUAUGCUUUCAUUAGACGGCAACAUAAAAUGCCAUCUAUGGGAAUUUUAUUCUUAACAGUUUACAAUAGAAUUACAAAAGCAAAGGUGUUGUUAAAUCCCUUCCCUCUUGGUUGGUUAGUGUUAAGGUGUGUUUUUUCACGGCACACAUUGGUCACCCUGGAAAAAAGUGCACUCCCUAAUGCUAAAGAUCCUCACUAUUAUCAAGCCGGCAAAUAUUGCACACCCUUGCAAAUGAGCUCUAGAAUUCGCAAAGCACAUAGGGCACAAAAUCUGUAACGCACUGCCGAGCCACUCGUUGCAUUUCAGUUCCUGUCGUACGUUCAAACUGUAACAAUGUGCACCUCAUCUGCAGUGUAUCUGGCGCUUCUGGUUGCGCUUACCUUUCUCGCCGCCGUGUCAAUGGUCGAUGGCGAUGCAGCAGCUCAGCCACGCCAAAAACGCUUCCUAAUAUUUCCCCGUGCCAAUCCGCAACGUUUGCAGAUGAUCGGCGGCUUCGGUAUACCGGCCGACAUCCAGCUAGAAUCCGUCACGAUGGGGUACGUGUUUAAGUCGGUCUAUUUAUUGCCCUGGAACUCGUCCCACUGGAUACCGCCGUUUCUCGAUCGGCACGAGCUGGAGACGGAACGGGUACUGCGUCGGCGGGCAGCCGUACCAACGACGAUGCCGCCACUGGUGUUGGCACCCCAGUCGCAUGCCAAGCCGCCCUACGAACGGUACGAUGGGCAGUGGCAGGAGCUGGACACUGAAUCGUUGCCGCCACCACCACCGGAACAACCGGGACGCUCACCUCACCAGCAGCAGCAUCACUCCCGCUGGACGUUCUAUCGUAUGCUGGAGCAAUUGUUUGAGCAAAAAGGUUUCGAUGGUCGGAGCUGUGUGUUGCGUGCCAUUUGUGAAGCAUCGGAAGCACGCUUUACCCACACGAGCGGGCUGAUCGGGGAACUGUUGCACAUUGCCUUUACGCCAUCGGCCACGGAGGAUGCCGUCGCGGAACCGCACCAUUCGCUGUACGGGCAGGCGGAAACGGUUCCGGACAGCAUGAGUGCCAGCAGCGGUCAAUCGGUUUGCGCUGCCAUGUACGCCGAAUGUUCGCUUUCGCUGUUGGGCUCGUUUUCGGACGUUUUUGCGUGACGAAGGGAACUGUUUCUGUUAUUGUGUAUUUUGAAGGAUUUUAACUGAGGAGAAGAAAGGUUAUUUAGGCGUUUAGCUGAUUGUAUUCGUUUUAAGCAUGCAUGCGUCCUGUUACAUUUUUCAAACCAACCAGUUUUAUUGGUAAAGACGUAUGUUAAGUAAAUUUAAUGUAAUAAAAGAAAGUUUCUUGAUGUUGUA